GCCCCCGGUGCCGGGCCGCUCAUUAACCGGGCUCUUUAGCGCCGGGCGUUUCCCUCGGAGCCGGCUGAGGGCAGCCCCCGGUGCCGGGCCCGCUCAUUAACUCUCUUUAGCGCCGGGGGUUUCCCUCAGAGCCGGCUGAGGGCAGCCCCCGGUGCCGCCGGUGCCGGGCCCGCUCAUUAACCGGGCUCUGUAGCGCCGGGCGUUUCCCUCAGAGCCGGCUGAGGGCAGCCCCCGGUGCCGCCGGUGCCGGGCCCGCUCAUUAACCCUCGUUAGCGCCGGGCGUUUCCCUCGGAGCCCGCUGAGGGCAGCCCCCGGUGCCGCCCGGGCGGCUCCUCCCGCCGGGACCCGGAUGGGCCCGUGCGUGAGGCGGGGCCCGAGCGGAGCCGCGGCCGCGGGCGGGCACCAGGUGAGCGCGGGCGGGGACAGCCGGCCCCGCUCCCCUCAUCCCUCCAUCAUCCCUUCCUCCAUCCCUUCCUCCAUCCCCGGCGGGGCUUUCCCCGCGGCCGGGGCUCCGCUUCCGACCCGCGGCAGGAGGACUCUGCUCCUGUCAGCACAGCUCUGUUUCACUGCUCCCUGGGUGAACAGGUGAAGCCAGCCUAGAGAGGGACUUCACUCAUCUUUUAAUGAACGUCACAAAACAGCACUGCCACGGCCUCCUACCCAGCAGAGCUGCUCCCCAGAGCCAGAGGGAUGGUGGUAGUCACGGGGCAGAACAAAGUGAGUGCCACCCCGGAUGAUGCCAUGUCGAGCUCGGAUGCAGAGGAUGAUUUCCAAGAGCCGGCCACUCCCACCGCCACCCAGGCAGCACAAGCGCUGCCUCUGCUGCCUCAGCAGUUCCCAGAAGUUGUCCCACUGAACGUGGGGGGGAUGUUUUUCACCACCAGACUGUCCACGCUGCGCAGGUACGAGGACACCAUGCUGGCAGCCAUGUUCAGUGGCAGGCACUACAUCCCCACGGACGCCGAGGGCAGGUACUUCAUUGACCGGGAUGGCACCUACUUCGGAGACAUACUAAACUUCCUACGAUCUGGUGACCUGCCCCCCCGAGAGCGAGUGAGGUCAGUGUACAAGGAAGCUCAGUAUUAUUCCAUAGGACCCUUGCUAGACAAUCUAGAGGAUAUCCAGCCUCUUAAAGGAGAAAAAGUUAGACAAGCUUUCCUGGGCCUAAUGCCAUAUUACAAAGACCACUUGGAGCGGAUCGUCGAGAUAGCCAAGCUGCGAGCCAUGCAGAGGAAGGCCAGGUUUGCCAAGCUGAAGGUGUGCGUGUUCAAGGAGGAGAUGCCCAUCACUCCCUACGAGUGCCCCCACUUCAACUCGCUGCGCUUCGAGCGCAGCGAGAGCGAGACCAAGCUCUUCGAGCACCACUGCGAGGUGGACGUGUCCUUCGGGCCCUGGGAGGCCGUGGCCGACGUCUAUGACCUCCUGCACUGCAUCGUCACCGACCUGUCCGCCCGCGGCAUCACCGUGGACCACCAGUGCAUCGGCGUGUGCGACAAGCACCUCAUCAACCACUACUACUGCAAGCGCCCCAUCUAUGAGUUCAAGAUCACCUGGUGGUGAGGGUGGGCUGAGAAAAGCAUCAAAGGACUCCCAGAGGACAAAUGUUCUUUCAAGGUCGCCUGGUGGUGAGUUGUGGCUGAGCUAAGGGAUGAAGGGACUUCUAGAGGACGUGUGUUCUUUCAAGGUCGACUUGUGGUGGCACAUCGAGAAGUGAGAGGACUUCUAGAGGACAAAUGUUCUUUCAGUGUCACCUGGUGGUGAGCUGUGGCUGAGCAAAGUGAAGAAAUGACUCCCAGAGGACAAAUGUUCUUUCAAGAUAACCUGGUGGUGAGUUAUGGCUGAGCUACAGGAUUAAAGGACUUCUAGAGGACAAAUGUUCUCUCAGUGUCACAUGGUGGUGAAUUCUGGCUGAGCAAAGUGAUGAAAGGACUUCUAGAGGACAAAUGUUCUUUCAAGAUCGCCUUGUGGUGGCACAUCGAGGGGUGAGAUGACUUCUAGAGAGGACAAAUGUUCUUUCAAGAUCUCUCAAGAACUCACCUGGUGAUGAGUUGUGGCUCAGCAAAGUGAUGAAAGGACUUCCAGAGGACAAAUGUUCUUUCAAGAUAACCUGGUGGUGAGUUGUGGCUGAGCUAAGGGAUGAAAGGACUUUUAGAGGACAAAUGUUCUUUCAAGAUCUCACCUGGUGGUGAGUGUGGUGGCACUUAAAGGACACGUGUUCUUGGCAGUUGCCUUGCUGCUCACAUUCCUUGGGAUCAGCCUGCUGGCAGGGGUUGGGAAAACCUCUGGAAACUUGAAAAAGCAGCCUGAAAUCAGACUGUUGGCUCAGGUACCUUAACGAGGCACAAAACAAAAUCACCUCAUGCAAAGGAUGGAGGGGAGUGGCUGAACAUCUGCUAAAAGGUGCCACCAACCAUGUGGCUUCAGGAUGGAAUUGCAGAUUUUUCCUGCAUUUUUGGGAAUCUGGGGUGCUACUAAAGCUGACAUUUCAGUUUUACCCUCUUAGAAAUGUUUUAGUUCCUCUUUCAGCUUUAUAAAGUUUGAGUCACACCCAGCACAAAGAUUCUGGAAAUGUCAUUUUGAUGUACUAGGUACUUAAAAAAAAAAAAAAAGAGUAUUCCUUAUAUAUUAUUAAUUGUUGUCAGGGUUAAGCUGUAUUUCUUUUUUAAUUAAGAAUCAACGUUGUGAAUUAUAAUGUUGUACUUCAAUUAUUUCUGUUGUUAUCAAAAGGAAUAGAUCUGGAAUAUAUUCCUUAAUGCUUUUAGGAAUAAUAACUGUUCAUGGAAGACUUGUGCCUGUUUUUAGCCUUAGAAAUUUUAAAUGUUUACAAUAUCUACAAAAGAAAAAAGCUCUUUAGAAUCAGGUCAUUUACAAAGGCUUUUGGUAAAUAAGAAAACCCUGUCUGUAUGUUCCUAUUAACAGGAGUAAGAGAAUAUUUAAUGUAUAUUAUUUUAUUACUGACUCUUUUUACAUUCUGUGAUAUUAAACUUUAUUUUAGACUUUAAGUCAGAUGAUAUUAGACAAGUUUUUUUUUUUUGCUAGUGCAUAUUUUUCCGUGCUCCCUUAGCUUUUUUUGCCACUUUAUCAUCUACAAAGCCAUUUUUCCAUUCUCACACUCCCGAAUCCCUGUGUUUGUGAGCAGUAAAUGGUCUCCUGUCAAUUUGAAUAUUGGAGGAAUGAUGGGGCAGUUGAGGGAUAUUUAUUUAAAAUUAGAAUUGUUAACUAUUUUUUACAUUGCUGUGUGUGAACAAAAAACAUGACAAUACCAAUGUUUUUAACAUUCCCUUUAUAUCCAUCGCGGAGUGGUUUUUAACAGGGAUCAAAGGGAGCUGUCAUAUGGAGUGAGUUGGCCAAUUCCACAGCACAUUAAAUGUUUCUGCAUCUGUUUUAUGCUUGUGAAAUAGGAAGGGGAAAAAAGAAAAUAAUAAUAGAAAAAAAUAAAAACAACAAAACGUUUUGAAGCACUCAAAAAUGACAUGAAAAGGUGUUUAUGUACAGCAGCCACUUAGUGGCUGCUGAGCUUAAGAAUUUAAAAAAAUAUCUAAAAAUAACUUUUGGACUUGGUGUAGACUUUUAACUUGAAUACCCAAUAUUCUGCACAGGAAUCUGAAAUAUUCCUUGCUGACUUCCAUCCUCCUCAGAGGAAAGUGAAGGUGCUGCCAGCUUUGGUCUGGGAAGCCUUUGUGCCAUACAGAUCCUCUGUGGUCCUUGUGGGGCAUGGGCUGGAUUUUUAAUUUUUAUUUUAACCUAUAAUGAUGGAUCAGUUUGGUUUUUUUUUUUUCCCUAAAAAAGCUAAUUAUUUAAUUAUAAUUAAAGAUUUUGUAGCUUCAUUUGGCAUUUGCAAGCUUUGCAAGCCCUCAUUGCCAGGUUUAUCCUCACUGCUGAUUGUUUGGAGAUGACAGGGGACAUGAUGAGAGGGAUGAUGGAAGUGGCAGCAGGGAAAAAAUUCCUGUCACAGCUGCUUGCUCCCAUUGCAGAGCUGUUCUUGGUGUGUGGUUUCAGCUCUUGUGCUGUGUGAGGCACAGAACAUCCACCCCGUUUGUGUGAGCCCUCCGCUGCUCUCCCAUUUGUGUGUAAAUCCAUCAAGUCGUGGUUCUGGGAGAUCAAAGGGUGAGAAAAGCCAGUGGCUGUGGAUUGCAGCAGGGACAGGUGAGUCUUGCAGGGUCACACUGCUUGAAUCUGAUUUAUAGCACCUCGAUGGCACAGCUGGAUCUUCCUUUUCUGCAUGGCAAAGCAGGGUGGUCACUUGGGGCACAACUGCCUGGCAGGUAAGGGCACAUUUCAGAGCAGACACUGCAAAAAAAUGAUCCCUUAACUCAAGAAAUUCUAAACUUUGGGAUACUCUUUCACUUCUUUUACUUCUUUCAAUUCUUUCACUUCUACUUCUUUCAGUUCUUUCACUUCUAAUGACUGCUUUAUCCUGGACAAUUUGUAGACCCCACUGGCUUUAAGUUGUGGUUGGCAUUACUGAGCCCUGAAGAUGUUUUUAGGUUUUCAUACAUGGCACAGAGGACCCAAGAUAGUUGUAAAUUUUGGGCUAUGACAAAAAAAAAACAAACCUCCAGUCUUUCAUUAUCUUUGCAAAUAAGCUGAUUUCAGAGGAUAAUUCUGUUCUGUUAUUAUCUCCUGUAUAUAAUUCUCUAACUGGAAAUCACUUUCCAGAACAACAGUUCAUAGUAAUUUUACUUACACAAGCUUAGUAUAAGUUUACCUCCACUUUCACUGUGACUUUUAUAAAUGUUUUUUUUUUGCUGAAUUAUAAAUUGUAUGUGUCUAUGCAUUGUAACCCGUAAUGCCUUUGAAAAUCCAGCCUGGAUGCUAAUGAUCAGGGUUUGGAAUUAUCUCCAAAUGUGUUUUGUUAAUAAUUAUGUUGGUGUGUGAUGUUCAAUACUGUGAGUACUCAGUGUAUUGUUUCUUAAUACUUUUGACUUUUCAGUUCAGGUAAUAUAUAGUCUGUAUGGUUUUUAUUUAAAACACAUAGAAGAAAAUGCAGAUAUAAAGGCUCUGUUGUGCAAUAAAAGAUUAUGAUACUGAAAA